AAUCUGUUAUUCAAAUUUAGCCCGGAAGUUAUUCAGCAAUUUUGGCAACAACUCUACAGACAUCUACCAGAUCCUGCACUUCCAAAUCGACAUUCCGAUGGUCAACAAAUGGGAGUUAAGAUAUCCGUUGCCAUUGAGAGUGCGGAAUUCGGUCAUACCUACGAUGAUUUCGUGUGUCGAGCGACCGUGCGUUUGAUUGCCAGUUGGCCGAUAAUGGAUGCUAAGAUCUCGGACAGCACUUUGGUGCGAAUGGCAGGUGGAUCCGUGUUAUUGGACUCUGAGCGGGUUUGGAGGCCUCGUGUUAUGGUCGAUGGGGCUCGUAGUAUUCACCUGAUAGGGCGACGUCUUGAACUUCAAUCAGUCAAAUCCUCCCCACCUCAUCGUAGUCUACUUCAACAGAAGACAGAUGCUAGUAGUGAAACCUCGAAUCAAGGGAACUCUGCAAGAAGGCCGGUAUAUGUAAUGACCGAAGUGUUUAAUGUGGAGGUUUUGUGCACAGCUCCAGGAAUUAAAAAUUACCUGGGAGCAAUUCACUGUCCAAUUGUAUUCAACCAAGAAACGUUCCAUAAAGAAAACUCAGAUUACAUUUGGCAGGAUAGAACCACUUGUGCACUAUCUAAAAAAGCUGGCGAAAAGAUAUCCUACGUUACUGUGUCGACUAAGGAGUCAGAGAAUUCCAUUUCUGGAGGUCCACAAUCCAGUCUCGCAAUAAACCUUUGCUUCAAUCCAACUGGUCUGGUUUUACGAGCAGCUCUCCCCGCGGUCUUAUUCACCCUCCUCUCUUUCAUCCUCCUCUGGUCACUACCCUCUGGUCCUCAACUUAUCUCUAUCACCCAAGGUGCUUUGAUUCUCCUUUGUCUAGCAACCUGGACGCAUUUCGCCAGUACUACACCCACUCGCUUCACCCUCGUGGACGCGUGGUUCAUCCUCUGUCUCGUCUUCAUCUGCCUAACCUUCUUUGUCACUCUCCUUGAGCAUCGUCGGCUAGACAGAAUGGCCAAGACACGCCAGCUACAACAACAGAGGCGCAUCUACUCGGCUCUAAGUGCGGCGUCAGCCUUCUCAGUACCCAAAAUACCCUCCUGUGGUUUGACUGGAGGUGGGGGUGUCGGAAAUGGUAGCGGGGGUUCGACUUGUGGUUGUGGGGGUUGCAGCUGUGCGGGCGGUUUUUGUGGAGCCGGUGGUGGGGGCUUUAUGGGCCUCGGUAAUGGACAGACCAAUCCUAUGGGCUCCGGUGGCUCGCCUCCCCCUCUUGGAUUGAUACAUCAACCUUCCCCUGUCACUAUGCCGACGAAAUUGGACAUUUGCAAUGAAGCUUACUUUAGGUCGGCUAGCUCUGAGUUGAGCAAGGAUUCCUCCGCAAUAAUGAGCUUAGGGACAGCUCUACGACUUCGAUGUGCUAAGAACGGUGGCCUGAGUGUGUUUGAACCGAACGACUCUAAUCUUGGUUUGAUCAAGAGCCAGUACGCACCAAGUUCGACUCCCGGGGCACCUCAAAUUCCAAGUGGAAGUAUCCUCCAACCUCUUGGACCUAUCCCUCCAAGCUACUGCACCACUGUGAUAGCGGUUGCACUGCCUAUUAUGUACAUACUUGCGGUUAUAAUCUUCUGGGGCUUCUUCGGGGCCCAAGGUACCGUGCCUAAGGAGUGUCUGGUGGGAAGUGUUAGCUGCCAAGCAGUAGACAGGGGCUAA